CUCUUAUUUAUUUAGGACAUGUACCUGAAUGCUGGUGGAGUGACUGUCUCCUACUUUGAGUGGCUGAAGAACCUGAACCAUGUCAGCUACGGUAGACUGACCUUCAAGUACGAGAGGGACUCCAACUACCACCUGCUCAUGUCCGUCCAGGAGAGUCUGGAGAGGAAGUUUGGGAAGCACGGAGGAGCCAUCCCUGUGGUCCCUACCUCUGAGUUCCAGGCCAGGAUCGCUGGAGCUUCAGAGAAGGACAUUGUGCACUCAGGACUGGCCUACACCAUGGAGAGGUCUGCCAGGCACUAA